AUGGGAAUACUUGCUGAUCGACUAGUAGUGGACUUACUAGGAAUAGUAGUAGCUCUGUUGGCAGUAGCUUACGUUUGGAUCAAAUGGAGCUAUCAAUACUGGGAAAAGAGGAAUGUACCAUACUUACCACCGGCAUUUUUGUGGGGAAAUAUUUUACCACCACAUAAAAGGACGAUAAGCUUCGGUGAAGAUGUGGCAAAUAUCUACAAGCGAGCUAAAGAUAAGGGAUGGAAAUACCUUGGCAUAUACGCUCUGACAUCACCGGUGUAUAUGCCUUUGGAUCUAGACAUCAUCAAGAAUAUAAUGUCGAAAGAUUUCAACCACUUUGUCGAUAGAGGAGUGUACGUGAAUGAAAAAGUUGAACCCAUCAGUGCCCAUCUUUUCUCCAUAGGUGGUGUAAAAUGGAGAAACUUGAGGACAAAAUUCUCACCUACGUUUACUUCUGGAAAAAUGAAAACCAUGUUCCAGACCGUUGCAAAAUGUGGUUCCAUUCUUGAAAACUACAUAAGAAAUGAAGUUGAUGCUAACAAACCUUUAGAUAUAAAGAGUGUGUUAGCAUGUUAUUCCACCGAUAUCAUCGGCUCUUGCGCGUUCGGCUUGGAAUGUAACACCUUCAAGGAACCAGACACCCCUUUUAGACAAUUUGGCGACAGAGUUUUCAACCUGAACAAAUUUCUCGUCAUGAAACUCACCUUCGCCAAUCAGUUUCCUGAUGUAGCAAGAUUCUUGGGGAUGCGCAUCCUUUCCAAAGACAUAGAGCAAUUUUUCACCAAAGUCGUGGACGACACCAUCAAGUAUCGGGAGAGGAAUAAUGUGGUGCGGCAUGAUUUUCUGCAGAUGUGCAUCGAUAUCAAAAAUGAUGAAGAACAGAGCGGUGACGGUACAUCUCUGACCCUCGAAGAAAUAGUAGCUCAAAGUUUCGUUUUCUUCAUAGCUGGUUUUGAAACUAGUUCUACUACUAUGACAUUCACCUUAUACGAACUGGCUAUCAAUCCAGAUAUCCAGGAGAAAGUUAGGAACGAAAUCAAAACUGUACUAGCGAAACACGACAACCAAAUCAACUAUGACGCACUUAACGAACUCAAAUACAUGGGUCAAGUUAUAGAUGAGACCUUGAGAAAGUAUCCUCCAGUACCGUUUGUGACCAGAAAAUGCGUAGAAGAUUACAAAGUGCCGAACUCUGAUCUCAUUAUUAAAAAGGGUAUAAGGGUGUUCAUCCCGAUCAGAGGUAUUCAUUACGAUGAAGACUACUACGAAGCAUCCGAGGUGUUCGAUCCAGAAAGAUUCAGUGAUGAAAACAAGCAAACGAGGCAUCCAUAUGCUCAUAUUCCAUUCGGUGAAGGGCCUAGAAUUUGUAUAGGAAUGAGAUUUGGUAUCAUGCAAACCAAAGUGGGACUUUUGAGCGUUCUGAAGAAUUUCCGUGUCAGCUUGAACAAAAAAACGUCUAAUCCACUGAAACUGUCCCCAACAUCAUUCAUUCCCACGACCGAGGGAGGUAUUUGGUUGGACCUCAAUAAACUGAAUUAG